AGGCACUGUGGCGCCUAGUCUGCCAUAAAACCCACAAAGAAGAACGUCAUACCAACACUUCCGUGGUAUUUGUUUAGGCUUUAGCUUGAACCCGCUGACUCUCCGCUGGAAAUAUAAACGUUUAUAUGAGUUAAUAUUCCGACAUAUUUGAUGCGAACGGAAAUAUAACCUUCGGAUUGUUUUGAUGAUUAGCCAGUUAGCUCUGUAGCUAGCUAGCUUCCUGCGUUAGUGAGCUAGCUAGUUUCCUGCGUUCACGUUAGCUGUUGGCUUUGUUCCGGUGUGGAAAUGGGACCGAUGCGGAACAGACCCCCCAUGGGACCGAGGGGCGACCACGGACCUCCGUUCGACAUGGGGCCACCUCCUCCAAGAGGGUGGGGCCCUCCACCGCCCGAAGAAUGGGGGCCACCGCCUCCAGGUGGGUGGGGGCCGAGAGAGCCUCCACCACGUGGCUGGGCACCAAGAGGACCAUCGCCGCCACCGGGUUGGGGGCUUCAUCCCGACGAUUGGAGGCCCCCUCACCCGGACGAUUGGAGGCCCCCUCACCCGGACGAUUGGAGGCCCCCUCACCCGAACGAUUGGAGGCCCCCUCACCCGGACGAUUGGAGACCCCCUCACCCGGACGAUUGGAGACCUCCUCACCCUGAUGACAUGAGACCUCCUCCGAGCUGGGGACCUCCUGGCUGGGGUCCGCAACGUCCCGCUGAGCCGUGGGGGCCCGAGCAUGUUCCACCCGGACCCGUACCGCAUGUACCACCAGUUCCUUCUCCGGACCCCGCAGCCUACGGACCGGUGCCUCCUAUCCCCCCUCCAGCCUGCGGGCCUCCAUUGGGGUACCUGAGCUACCCUCCUCCCGGCUGGACAGGAGAGACCGUUGUGGAGGAGACGAUGAUCAACCCACCCCCUGAUCAGCCUGAGUGGAUCAAAGCCUUGAUUUCAGCUCCGGUUGCUGAGUCGACUCCGGGGGAAACUAAGAAUCCCACCGAGGAGCUGGCGGCCGUCGCUACAACAGCGGCAGCCGACCCCUCCGCCGCUGCCCCGAAACCCAGACCUGAUCCCGUCAAGAUCAACAGAGCUCUGGGUCUGCUGGGGAAACGCACAUUUGAUAAGCCUCCUCCUGGCAGGUCUACAGGGAUCAUCUCCUUCAUCGGGCCCACCUUCGGCUACAUCGAGAGAGAAGACCUGGAGAAGUUCACCUUCAGCUUCGCCGCUUUCUUUGGAAACCCAAAAGCCAUGACGCCUGGGGUCAGAGUUCACUUCACGGCCUGCAAGGAGAAGAACGGUUCGAUAGCGACUGAUGUGAAAGUGGCUCCUGGGGGAACCGAGAACGUGGACACGGAGAUCUACGAGGCGGUGGUCAGUCAGCCCAUCACAGAGCCUCAGCCCGGCGAGCGCCAGUACCCGGGUCAGGUCCACGUGGACAUCGGGCCGCUGAGGACCAACCUGACGUUCGACAGGAAGGACAGCACGGUGACACUGCUGAAGAACGACCAGGUGCUCAUCAACCUGCUGACCGACAUCGUCAGCGAGAAGAGGAGGGCCACGAACAUCAAACCCCAAAUCCCCUGCACCUUCAGCAACACCAACGAGACCAGAGAGAAGGGAGUCAUCAUCAGCCUGAAAGACAGCGAAGGUGUCAUCAAGUGUGACGAACACGGCGAGCUUCCUUUCAACGUCAGAGAGAACUUCAGCGACAUCGAGUUCACCGACGAAGACGUCAAGGAGGAGGUCGAGUUCACUGUCCUGACGCUGAGGGGGGGGAAGCGGGCGAUCAGGAUCCGCCGGGUGAAGGAGCCCCUCCUCCUGACGCUCUCUGCCGCCACAGAGGCCACCGCCCACAACACCACCGGUGACGAAGACUUCUGGCUGAACGGGAAGGCCAGCAUCAAGCCGGAGCUGUGCAUCAACAUGAAGCUGGACACGGAGCUGUACGAGGGCAUCGUCAGCCAGACAAUCAUAGAGCCCACGCCCAACAUGCAGGGUUACCCGGGUCAGAUCCAUGCCAACAUCGGGCCCCUCAAGACCAACGUGACCUUCGACCACCGGGACUGCGGCGUCACGCUGCUGAAGAACGACCACGUGUUGAUCAACCUGCUGGUGGACAUUACUACUGGGAAGAGGAGGGCGGCCAACAUCAAACCCAAAAUCCCCUUCACCUUCAGCUACACCAAGGAGAAGAGAGAGCUGGGCAUCAUCACCUUUCUGGGUCCAGAAGAAGGAAUCGUCAACUCCGAGGAGCACGGAGAGCUUCCUUUUGACAUCUGUGAGAACUUCAGCGAAAUCAAGUUCAACAGCAGCGACAUCCACAAGGAGGCGGCGUUCACAGUCGCCACGGUGAAAUCAGAAAAUAGAGCCAUCAGGCUACUGAGGACGAAGAGGGUCGAGGACCAAAUCCUGGAGGAGCAGAAGAGACGGGAGGAGGAGGAGAAGAGGAGGGAGGAGGAGGAGAGGAGGAAACGAGAGGAGGAGGAGGAGAGGAAGAGGAGGGAGGAGGAGGUGGAGGAGCGACGGAGAGAGGCGGAGAGGAAGAAGAGGGAGGAGGUGUCGGCAGCGUUGGCAGCAGCCAAAUGCAAAUGGUCGCCCCUCGGCGUCAGAGUGAGAAACCCCAACACGCUGGACGACGUCAGCAAGGAGCGAUUCCAAGGCACCGUCCUCAAAGCCAUUUCCAAAUAUCCCCGUAAGGAGAUCAAGAAGGAGCCCAAGGAGGAGGAACAAGGAGAUGGACAGGCGCUCCUCGGACAGGUGAAAAUCAAAAUGGAGAAAAUGGAUGAAGACAAGAAGGAAGAGGUGGAAGGAGAGGAGGGAAAGAUGGAGAUGAAGGAGGAGGUGGAGGAGGAGAACCAGCAGGCGUCUCAAGCUGCAGGAGGACCAGCUGUGAAAGGGGACCCAGAGAUGGGUCGACUGGUGAUGACCAUCGACGGCCAACAGAAGCUGCUUCCCUUCAGACCCAACGACCUGCUGAGCACCGCCACCAUGCUGGACGGAGACAAGGUACGCUUCAACAUCGCCACCCACGGAGAGACCAAAGAGGAACGAGCCACCUUCGUGGAGAUCCUCCCCGACUCCUUCGAAGAGUCCAUUGAACAACGUCGACACGGCAUCGUGAUCGAGUUCUCUCACGCCUCCGGACUCAUCAAGUGUGCUCAGAACCCUCAGCUCUACUUCCACAUGUCGGAGGUGAUCGAGAAGAAGAGACUGGAGCUAAACGAGAAGGUCGAGUUCAGCGUCGUCCCGCAUGAAAUGGCAGACGGUGGGAACCAGGCCAUCCGGAUAAAACGCUUCACCGAGAGCGUUUUCCUCCCCGUUCGUAAGCUAGGUGGCGUCGGGGCCAAUAAAGGAAAGAUGACCAUCAAGCUGGCAAAAACAGAAGACACUGAAAAAGAAAAACCAGAGACGGACAAGCUGAAGGCCGUGGUGAAAAAUCUUAGAACGCAGGACAGCAAGACCGGUAUCGGCAGAAGGGAUUACGGCGCCUCUCGGCGUAAAUAUGGCCGGAGCAGAAGUAAGAGCAGGAGUCCGAGUAGCAGCAGGGCCAGGAGUAGAAGCAGGAGCAGGAGUCCGCCCAGAGACCAGUUUGGACGCAUCAUCAAAAAGAGACGCAGCACCAGCACCGACCGUGACCGUAAAGGCAGCAGGUACAGGCGAAGCGGAAGCCGCGAGAGACCCAACCGGCCCACCAAAAGUCGCACUAAGAGCAACAGCAAGAGUCGCAGCCGAAGCAGGAGUCGCAGCAGGAGCAAGGAGAGGAGCAAGGAGAGGACCAUCAGGAAGAGGAGCAAAAUCAGCAGAGAACGUGAUGAAAGUCACAAGAAGAGGAGGGAGCUAAGCCCUCCUCCCAGACGUGGUGGAGUUGUGGACGACGAGCUAGCGAGGAAGAAGCGGGAGCUGGAGGAGCUGAACGACAUGAUUGCCUACAAAAAGUCACUGGUGGACAUCGACCCUGGACAGAGGACUUGCAUAGACUAUGACCACGGCCGUAUCGCCGUCCCUCUCACAGAGUACAAACCAGUCCGGUCCAUCCUAAAGAAACGACCAGACGAACCCGAUUACCUCCAUCGUUCUUCUCAGCCCUAUGACGAUCCUUAUUAUGACCGGCCAUACAGUCCUUACCAAGAACGGCGGUACGGCGAGCGCCCCGGUGAUCCGUACGCCAGUCGUUCCUACGCCGAUCGUCCUUAUGGUGAGCGUCCCUACGCUGAUUGCCCUUAUGAAACUCGUCUCUAUGGUGAACGUUCCUACGGCGGCCCUCCUUCUGCCAGCCAACGUUACACCGAUCGCUACGAUGUUUAUGAUGAACCGUAUGACGAUCGCUACUAUGAACCGGCAUAUGUGGAUCGACCUCACGAUGAUCCGUAUUGCCCUGUCCAACAGAGCCAGUCUCCACAACCCCAUGGUCCCUCACCUUCUCAUCAGUCUGCCCAAGUUCCUUCUGCCUCCACUCAACCUCCCUUGAUGAAUACUACUGUAACUUCAUCUUCCCAACCCUCUCUGAGACCUCCUUCUCCCACAGAACCGCCUCCUAGAAGCCCCUCUCCCACACCGAAGAGCGCAACUCCACGCCAGGCAGCUGUGAAACAGCCCCUCGACCGCUUCCUCGACAUGCUUAAUAAAAAGGUGGAUUCUGAAAAGAAAUCGGAACCGUUUCAUGUGAAUGAUGACCUUCUGCCUCAUGAGCGGGCAGUUCAAGAUUGCAGUGGUUUCUCUCGUAUCGUGGGAUUGGCUCAAGAGCAACCCAGCAGCAGUCUAGCUCUAGAUGGGAAAAAUACACAGCUGAGCCCUAAAAGAUCCUCACUAGAGAGAACAAGUGAGGAACCAAAGCACAAGACGGAACCCUACGACAAGAUCCAAAGUCUACUCCGUACAAUUGGUCUGAAGCUGAGUACAGGAGAUAUGACCAAACUGGCGAGCCGAGCCCAAGAAAAAAUCUACAGCCGAAAGUCCUCAUCCUCAGAAAGAGAGACUUUGUCAUCCUCGAGGGAAGAACGGCAAACAAGUAGAACCGGUUCCGUUGAAUUGGAUCACAUCUGUUCCCCCUUGCCUACUAGGUCCUCCAGUUUGGAGCCACUCGGCAGAUCGAAAGCUGUCUCGGAGUAUGAAGGAUUCCUGGACCAACAGGAGCUGGAGGCACUACAGAAGGCGCAACAGCAACAGAGUCUUACCAAAACAAUGGGGAGCACACCCUCCACCACUUCCCCUCCAACAGCUCCUCCUGGGCCUCCACCUGCUCACUACCAACAUCCACCCCCACCAAUCAACUGGCCCCUUGGAGUCACUACCCAGAUUCCUCCAGUGCAGAGCGCCACAACCCCCAGCAUGGGUUUUCCAGUUUCUCCUGCAGCUGGUCAACCACCCCCAAGAUUUGGACUUCCUCCAGGGCCUCCCCCUGGACCUCCUCCACGGCGUCCUGCACAGCCUCCUCCAGGACCUCCUGCUGGACCUCCACCCCAGCACCCUCCCGAACAGCCUCCUUUUGCUCCACCCUCCAGUCAUACAGUCUUUCCUUUUAUUGGCCAACCUCCUGCAGCGCCACCCCUUAACUGCUCUAGUCCUUUAAUCACUGCAGCAGUAUUACCACCACCAUCGACACCCACAGCAUCGAGUCCAGCUAACGUUAACCAACCGACCAUCUCUACCACAGUGGCCAGAUGCCUGAAGGUCAUAGAGACGGUGAAAUCUCUGGCUGUUCAACUGCCAGCCAAACCGGUCAAAUCCGUCCAAUUCAGUUUACCCAUAGUCUCUCCAACAUCCUCCGGUCAUCAGACGUCAACAGAGGCAGAUGAUGAAAUAAAGAACAAGCAGCAGGAGAAGCUGGAUUCGUAUAACCAGAGGGUUUUAGAAAAGAGGGAGCAGUACUACAAGGACUGGCUCAGCCGCAAGAAUCAGAGUGGAGAGUGGAAGGACGGCGUACGGGUCUUCCCAGGUAUCGGAUCUUCUUCGGUUACAUACUCUAAACUUAACUAGCAACCUUUGAAUUACAGGAAUUUGAGAGUUAAGGAUAUUGUUAUGUGCUCCAUGUGCAAGUUCUUUCAAGUUAACAGCUGCAUGUCAUUUAUUUUAUGUUUAGGGCGAAAGAUUUAAGAUACUAUUCAGCUUCUUUGAU